AACAUUUGGCAUGGCAGUUUUAAUUGUUGGCCCACUCUAAUUUAAUACCAUUUAAAAACAGCAUUGCAGGAUUAACCCUUCAUCCUUACUAUUUAUUGUCUAGACAUAUUUGCUUUGCUCUUUGACUGUGGCACUCUGCAGGGCUAUAGAGUUUGGCUCAUCCCUCGUUGCAGUGUCUAGCACAGCAUAUACAAUAAAUUAAAACUCAUCCGGUGCUGGAACAUGUACGGAGAAUAUAUUUCUGGGUUUUUUUUCUCCCUUCAGAACAUUUUUUGCUUUAUUAUUGGCAUCCCUAUUUCCCAGGAGGAAGUUCCUCCAGAUAGUUCUAGAUCAAAAUUUAUUUGAUUCAAGAGUUAGAUAGUUUAUCAGCCUGGACUCUGAAGAACAGAGCCAACUGCACUUUGAAGGAGCUGGGUCACAUUUCCUAGUCUUGUUUUGUCUUGCAGUUGAUACUGUACUUUGACCAACCAUCCCACCUUUAUCUCUUUUGUGUCCUCAGAUACCUAGCACAACUUUCUGAAGGCGUAAUUUGACCUCUCAUUGGAUUCAAUAGAGGGCUGGACUCAUCAGUGAGACAUAUUGAACAGAAAACAAAGAUAUGCUUCUCUGUUUCUGUAAAAAACCAAGAUAAAUCUGCAUAGCAUAAUGAGAUCCCUCACAAAUAUCUCUGUCUUUACUUAUGCCUUUGUAUUCACACUAUGGAAUAAUAUCCAGCCAACUGUAGAAGAUGAAUUUAUGGCAAAUUAUUCAAGCAGUUCUCUAACUAAUGUUCCAAAAACCAUUCCAGUCCAUACUCAAGUAUUAGAUUUAUCACAUAAUAGGAUCUCUGGACUUAGUAUUCCAGAAUUUAUUUAUCUUUCUGACCUUCAAGUAUUAAAUCUUUCUCAUAAUCUAAUUACGCUGCUUGACUUUAGUGUCUUUAUUUCUAAUGAAAAUUUAGAAUACUUAGAUUUAUCUUAUAAUAACAUUUCUAAAGUUUGCUGUCUAACUCUUGCAUAUCUUAGACAUUUAGAUCUUUCUUUCAAUAAGUUUACUGCCCUGCCCAUUUGUCAGGAAUUUGGGAACAUGUUUCAAUUGGAGUACAUCGGAUUAAGUGCUACAAUGAUACAAAGGUCAGACUUCAGGUAUAUCAGACAUUUGCAGCUGCACACUGUCUUCCUGACCUUGGAAAACUUUUCACUGUAUGAGCCUCAGAGUCUGACAGUCUUGACUACAAGGAACCUCCACAUUGUUUUUGCAGAAAAUCAAAACUUCACUUUCCCCCUCUUGUACGAUGGAAUGAGCACAUCAGAAAACUUAAAGAUAGUUAAUUUAAGAUAUACCUUGAGCUACAGACAUUUCCCCUCUCCAUCUUUAAUGCUUCUGAAGAAAAUCAAGACAACAGCUCUCAUGCUUGAUGCUGUGGACCUACAGUGGCCUAUCAUCCUGCAAAUUUUCAUGCUUAUUUGGUAUUCACCUGUGGAACGUUUGACUGUCACAAAUUUGAGUUUUCACGGACCAGUGGAGGAGCUGACUGAACAUGCAUUUCUACCCUUAUUAAGUUCUGUGGAACAACUAAUUUCUUUGGAUGGCUCCAUGAAAGCAUUAACUUUGGAGCAUGUUCGUAAUAAGGUUUAUUAUUUCAAUCAGGGGAUUCUAUACAGACAAUUUUCAGAGUUGAAUAUUGCCAAUUUGACAAUAGCUGAUGCUUAUGUGCCACACAUGCUUUGCCCCAAUAGAACAAGCUCUUUUCAGUAUAUAAAUUUUUCUCACAAUGCCCUGACAGAUGAAUUGUUCCAGAAUUGUGGCACUCUCGUGGAUCUGAAAUUACUUAUUUUGAAGAAGAAUAAAUUUGAGAGCCUUCUCAAGGUAAGCUCCAUGACGAGUCAUAUGAAAUCACUGAAAUACCUGGACAUGAUACUUAGAAACUUGAUGUUUGGAGGUGAACCUCCUUUUAUCUCCAGGCUUCCACUGAACUCUGUUACUUUGCUCAUUUAA